CGAUAAGACACCCAGGCACCCAGGCACCCAGGCCAGCAUUCCACCUGUGCAUGAUGUACAGCUGCAUUCCAAUAGGACUCACAAACUGGGUUCUUCCAGCUACUGCAGUGGUAAAUCAAUCGACAGGAUGAGAGAUCCGCCUAUGAGAGUUUGUGCCUGCCAUGCUGACCCAGCCAAACCAUGAUCCUCCACAAUCUCAACUGGCAGUCACCAAGCCGCACGAGGAUGAUAAGCCAACGGGCGACAAGUGGCCAGCCGAAGACGGGGGAAGAAGGGGUGGCUGGCGGUGACGUCUUUCCGUUCCCGUUCCCACUCACUCUCACUGCCUCUUGUUCCUAUCCAUAUCUCACAGUACCCCUUCUCUAUUUCCAACUUCAUCUUCCGACUUCCCUCUGACCGGCAAUCCAUCGCCUACACCCACACCCAUACUCACCAGCCCAACAUGGCCUCGUCACCCCCCGAGACCGAGGUCCCCACCCUCGACAACAUCGCCCAGAUCCUCCAACAUGAUACCCGCGUCAAGCUGGCCGGCGUGGACGUCGACGGCAUGCUGCGCGGCAAGCUGGUCUCCAAGAAGAAGUUCCUCUCAAUUGUCGCCGACGGGUUCGGGUUCUGCUCCGUGAUCUUCGGGUGGGACAUGCACGACCGCACCUACUUCAAGGAGCUGGCGAUCAGCAACAAGGAGAACGGGUACCGCGACCUGGUGGCCGUGCCGGACCUGUGCAGUUUCCGUCGCAUCCCCUGGGAGAACAACAUCCCCUUCUUCCUGGUCAGCUUCUUCGAUCCCGACACCAAGCAGCCGGUGUGCGCGUGUCCGCGGGGCCUGUUGCGCACGGCGCUGGAGUCGGUGGAGGCGGCGGGGUAUCGCGCGAUGGCUGGAGCGGAGUAUGAGUUCUAUCAUUUCCGCGCGCCCAGCAGUCAUCCCGACCCCAAGCAGAACGCCUCCGCGACCGCCACCUUCCUCAAAGAGAACCCCGUCGAAGCGUUGCCGUCGUUGACGGAGGGGAUGUUCGGGUACAGUCUGACACGGCCGACGCAUAACCAGGAGUAUUACUAUGGGGUGUUCGACGCGUGCGAGCAGUUCAACUGCGAGAUCGAGGGGUGGCAUACCGAGAGUGGGCCGGGGGUGUAUGAAGCGGCACUCCAAUUCGGCGAAGCCAAGGAAAUGGCCGAUAAAGCGGGACUCUUCAAAUACGUCGUCAAAUCCCUGGGCACGAAACACGGCAUCACGCCCACGUUCAUGGCCAAGCCACGCGAAGGCCUGCCCGGCAACAGCGGCCACAUACACAUCUCCCUGGUGUCGCAAGAGGACGGAUCCAACGCCUUCUACCGCGCGACGCCGGACCCCUCACCACCGUACCCGGACGUCGCCCACCUGUCGGACCUGGGCCGGCACUUCCUGGCGGGGAUCCUGGACGGGCUGCCGGACAUCAUGCCGGUGUUCGCGCCGACGGUGAACUCGUAUAAGCGGCUGGUGGAGAACUUCUGGGCGCCGGUGACGGUGUCGUGGGGGCUGGAGCACCGGGCGGCGUCGAUCCGGGUGAUCGCGCCGCCGACGGCGAGCCCCAAGGCGACGCGGCUGGAGGUACGCGUGCCCGGGGCCGACGCCAACCCGCACUUCGUGCUGGCGGCCGUGGUCGCGCUGGGGUGGCGCGGCGUCGCGCGGAAGCUGGCCCUCCCCGUGCCGCCGCUGUCGAAGGGGGAUGAGAUGGGCGGCGCCAGUGACCGGGGCGUGCGGCUGGCCAAGUCGCUGCGCGAGGCGGUGGGCGCGUUUAUGCGCGAGGGCAGCGUGGCGCGCGAGGUGUUCGGCGAUGCGUUUGUGGAGCACUUUGGCGGGACACGCGAGCACGAGUGUCGGUUGUGGGAGGAGGCGGUGACUGAUUGGGAGGUGAGGCGGUACAUCGAGACGGUUUGAGUUGGUUGCAGGAAUAGAGCGGGACAGUGGAGGAUAGACACACAGAUUAACGAGACACGACUGCAGAUAUCAUUUACGCCUUUCUUAAUACAUCCAUGAUCAAAUAUGAUGC